CGGCGGGCCCGUGGGCGGGAGGGGGCUGAGACCGGGCGGCGGCGGCGGCGGCGGGGCGGCCCGAGCGCUCGGCGCCCGUCAGCGCGGGCCCUUCACCGUCCUUCGCCCGUCCUUCAUCGCUGCUGCCUUCCGGACGCGCCGAGCUCUGGGCCCGCCCUACCUGCCGCUCUUGACAGCUCGGCCAACUUCUCUUCAUCCUUCAAAACCCAUCCCUGGUCGCCUCUUCUUGGUUGCCUUCCUCAGUCUGCGGUCUCCGGCGCAGGGUCCGUGUUUUGCGUUUAAUCUCUGUACACACCAGACCCAACACGAGGCUUGGCACGGAGUAGGUAAUCAGGCCGUGUUUGCUGAAGGAGAAUAUUCCGUUUCUUUUACUUUCCGGGUGCCCCCCCCCCCCCGGCCCAGGCUGCGUUUCACACGUAUUUCUAGACGCUGGGGCUCAAACAGUGAACGAAACACGGCAAGUCCCGUCGUCGUGGCGCUGGCUGCUGGUGACUCGCCGCGCCGCUCCCCCGUUCCGCGCUCGUGUCUGCGGCGCCCUUACCUCCUCCUCUUGGUUGGGUCCCCGCCCCCACCAUGAGGACUUUCCCUUCCCCCCCAUUUGCUUUAGAAACAUGAAAGGCAGCAAACACUUUCCCCCUGCAGUUUCCGUUGUUCCCGGGUGCUCCCGCUCUCUCCGUCUUUUGCCCGUUUUCCUCGAGUCACCCUUGCCGCCGCCUCUCUGGCCCCUUUUGAUCGGUUUUGUCGGCUUCCUCCUCCAGGGCCUCUCACCCCCUCUGCUCCCUCCCCUCCUCCCCAGCGGUGCCCGCAGGUCCCUGUGAAACUGCAGCCAAGCUGACUGCCACCUCUCCUCGCCUCUGCUUUACUUUUCUCCGUGGGACGUCUUACUCCCUGACGCCCUGUGUUUCACUCGACUGUGGUCUGUCCCUCCCAGCGCAUGUGAGCGUGGUGAACGCAGGCCAUCGCUGACCGUGGGGCUUGCUGCGGUGUUCCUGGCGCCUGCUGUGGGGCGUGUUUGUCCUUGAAGGACUGCAAGAAACUGUCUUCAAUGGCUUCAUUGGUGGCUUAUGAUGACUCGGAGUCAGAGGCUGAGACUGAGUCCGUGGGAAGUAUUCAUGCUGUCAGCCAGAUGAAAGACACCUCUGAUGUGGUCAAACCUCCUGGGCAGGAUUUUGCAUCUGAAGCCCCAGGUGUGACAGAAGGGGCAACACUGCCCACAAAGCAUGGUUCUUGUGAAGACCCUGCUGGCCAUUGUCUCCCACUGGUUCGGCUCUGGAGAAGUGACCCAGGAUCUUGUCCUAGCCAGAGGCUACAGUGGCCCAGGAUGGAGCCUGAUGUCACCUUCCCCACAGAUAAGCCUCCUCGACCUUCCCUGUGGACCAGCCACGCUCCAGCUGGCCAUGUGCCCCUGGCAGCUGCCCGCUUUAGGCAGGUGAAACUCUCCUGGGGAACUUACAACUCCCCUGAACCAUCCUUCUGUGCCCAAACCAAAUCUGAAACCCCAGAUAAAAGUGGCAACUCCCUUCAGAGGAAAAGGUGUGAGGACUGUAUCGUGCCCUACACCCCGAAAAGACUACGACAGUCACAGGCAUUAAGCACAGAAACUGGCAAGAAUAAAGAUGUGGAGGCCCAGGGUCCAUCUGCAGGGCGUGCCCCGGCCCCUCUCUGUGUGGCCCCCAGAGUUUCUGAGUUUAUUCAGCCAUAUUUGGACAGUCAGUAUAAAGAAACCACAAUUCCCAGAAAAGUGCUCUUCCACCUGAGAAGCCACAGGGGCCCUGUCAACAGCAUUCAGUGGUGUCCAGUCUUUGCUAAGAGCCACAUGCUUCUCUCAGUUUCCAUGGAUAAAACCUUCAAGGUGUGGAACGCCGUGGACUCGGGCCGCUGCUUGCAGACCUACUCCCUGCACAGUGAGGCGGUGCGGGCUGCCCGCUGGUCUCCCUGUGGCCAGCGCAUCCUCAGCGGUGGCUUCGACUUCGCCCUACACCUAACAGACCUUGAAACAGGAACCCAGCUCUUCAGUGGUCAGAGUGACUUCAGGAUCACUACCUUGAAAUUUCAUCCAAAAGACCACAGCCUUUUUGUGUGUGGAGGCUUCCACCCUGAAGUCAAAGCUUGGGAUAUAAGGACCGGCAAGGUGGUGAGAAGCUACAAGGCGACCAUCCAGCAGACCUUGGACAUCCUCUUCCUCCAGGAAGGCUCUGAGUUUCUGAGCAGCACAGAUGCUUCGAGCCGGGACUCUGCUGACCGCACCAUUAUUGCCUGGGAUUUCCGGAGCUCUGCCAAAAUCUCCAACCAGAUUUUCCACGAGAGAUACACCUGCCCCAGUCUCACCUUGCACCCCCGGGAGCCUGUGUUCCUGGCGCAGACCAAUGGCAACUACCUGGCUCUCUUUUCCGCUGUGUGGCCCUACCGGAUGAGCAGGAGGCGGCGCUACGAAGGGCACAAGGUAGAAGGCUACUCGGUGGGCUGCGAGUGCUCCCCAGACGGUGACCUGCUGGUGACGGGCAGUGCCGACGGCCGGGUCCUGCUGUACAGCUUCCGCACUGCCAGCCGGGCGCGCACGCUGCAAGGGCAUGCCCAGGCUUGCGUGGGCACCACCUUCCACCCUGUGCUGCCCUCUGUCCUCGCCACCUGCUCCUGGGAGGGUGACAUUAAGAUCUGGCACUGAGCCUCCUCGUUCAGAGCCUCCGGAUGCCGGCCGGCCCUGGGCUCCCAUUCCUCCUUGGGGUGGGUGGGUGUGAGGAAGCACUGAGGUUGCCUCUGAUCAAAGCUGGGUGGAGGCUACCUCCACCACACUCUGAGCCUCAGUUUCCACAUCUCUAAAAUGGGGACAGAGAUCUGUUUGCCUCAGGGUUGUGAGGACCGCAUUAGCGGAAGUGCCUGGCAGGUUGUUGGUGGUGCUCAAUAAACAUGAGUGUUUUGCUAUUU